AUGGAGCACAGGUUUCGUGUCCGUGCCAUGUAUGAUGAGCUCGGUAUUUCCGAGAGUACGACUCAAGCUGAAGUAAACAAACAUUUGGAGAUGGGGAGGGAUUUACUAAGCAGAGGCCAGUUUCAAGAUGCCCUUUCACAUUACCAUGCAGCUGUUGAGGGAGAUCCAAAUAAUUAUUUAACAUAUUUUAAACGUGCAACUGUAUAUCUAGCCUUGGGCAAAGCAAAAUUUGGUUUAAUGGAUUUAGAUAAAGUCAUGGAAUUGAAACCAGACUUCACUUCUGCGAGACUGCAACGUGGACUUGUUCACCUUAAACAAGCACAACUUGAUAAAGCUUCAAUAGAUUUACUGGAUGUUUUGGAUGUUGAUCCUGGAAAUGAGGAAGCUUUGAUAGCCCAUGACCGUAUAUCACUUGCUCAAAGAGACAUAAAUGCUGCUUAUUCAUACAAGGAUCAUGGUGACUAUGGAAAUGCUGUCAAAACAAUUUCCAAAGUUUUGGAGAUAUGUCCAUGGGCUUCAGAUUUACGUGAAUUGAGAGCAGAGUGCUAUGUUGCUUUAGGAGAUACAAUGUCAGCCAUCUCAGACAUUCGUUCUACAACAAAAUUGCAGGCUGACAAUACAGCAGGCUUUUAUAAACUUGCUCUACUAUAUUACCAAUUAGGGGAAGCUGAAGAAUCAUUGAGAGAAGUACGUGAAUGUUUAAAGUUAGAUCCUGAACAUAAAGAUUGUUUUCCUCACUAUAAAAAAGUGAAGAAAGUGGACAAGCAAAUGCAUGAUGUUCAGGAUGCCAUCAAUAACAAAGAUUGGUCAGCGUGUGUAGAUUCUGCAAGCAAGAUUCUGAAGACUGAACCGUCUGUGCCCAUGGUACGAUUUCAUGCCAAAGAGAAACUGUGUCACUGUUAUUUGCAUUCGGAUCAAACUUCAUUGGCUAUUGAAAACUGCCGAGAUGCUUUAGAAAUUAGUAAGGAACCAAACAUUUUGUGUGAUAGGGCAGAAGCGUAUAUUAACAGUGAAAUGUUUGACGAUGCCAUCCACGAUUAUCAAGAAGCCCUAGUAAUUGAUGAAAACUUUCAAAGAGCAAAAGAAGGUCUUCAGAGAGCACAGAAAUUGCAGAAACAAGCUGAAAGGAGGGAUUACUAUAAAAUCUUGGGAGUUCGUAGGACUGCUACAAAACAAGAAAUCAUCAAAGCAUACAGAAAAGCAGCCCAGAAAUGGCACCCUGAUAAUUUUCAAGGAGAUGAGAAGAAAAUAGCUGAAAAGAAGUUCAUUGAUAUAGCAGCAGCAAAGGAAGUGCUCACUGAUCCAGAAAAGAGGGAAAAAUUUGAUCAAGGAGAAGAUCCAUUAGAUCCUGAAUCGCAGCAAGGUCAAGGCUUUAAUCCAUUUCAACAUCACCAUUUUCACCAUGGCAGCCCAUUCCAGUUUGAUUUUUUUUUUAGAGAAUUUAAUAUUACUCAGCAUUACUGUCUUGAAAGAUCUUUUCUUGAAAUUCUGGAUCAUUUCAAGAAAUGUAAAAUAAAAUGCACAGUUCUGAGCAGUGCUUAUGGACUCAUUCAAGCUUUAACUACUCUGACCAAACUGAGCAAUGUACAUAAUGUUAUAUAUAAAUAUAUAUAUAGAUUUUAUACUAAAGUUAUUGUGAAUAUGAGAAGAAGAAGAAAGAAGAAGAAGAAGGAGGAGAAGAAGAAGAAGAAGAAGAAAGAAGGAGAAGGAGGAGAAGAAGGAGAAGACAAAACAGGUUUAAGUAUGGGAAAGGAAGAGAGUGGGGGUUUAACAUGCGAGAGUUCUCCAACG